CAAACAGCAGGAUUGAGGGAUAUGCAAAGACCAUGGCUGAGAAAAGAAAACCACUGCAAUGUUGAUAAACUCAGGAGAAACCCAGGACCCUCUUUAUGCUGCCUGUCUUUUGGUGUCCUAAUGGGAAUUUGAAACUCCUCAGCUUACUGGAUCGCACAAAGCAUUUUUCACAGCAAGUGGGAUGGACGGCAGGAGCAAAGCUAAGAGCAGAUCUGUAAAAAGGCAAGUACGAAUCCUCUUCUUAUUGUCUUUCCUCAGCCAGACUGUCUCAGAGCACGUUCGCUAUUCAAUUCCAGAGGAAAUGGGAAAGGGUUCCAUUGUGGGGAAUCUUGCCAAGGAUUUGAGACUGAAUCCUGCAGAAGUAGGAAAUCGCAACCUGCAUAUCCUUUCUUUAGGCAAAAGGCAAUACUUCUCCAUUAAUGCCAAAAAUGGGAAUCUGUAUGUAAAUGACAGGAUUGACAGAGAGGAAAUCUGUGGGGAAACUGCUUUCUGCCCCAUCAGUUUUGAAGCAGUGUGUGCAAACCCUAUGGACAUAUUUUAUAUAACAGUAGAGAUCCAGGAUAUUAAUGAUAAUGCACCACAUUUCUUAAAUGAUGAUAUCAAGCUAGAGAUAAUUGAAUCCUCUUUACCAGGAGCCACAUUUCUUCUUGAACAAGCAGAAGAUCCUGAUAUUGGGACAAAUUCACUCCAGGAUUAUCAUCUAACAAUUAACCAAUAUUUUAUUCUAGAUAUUAGCAAACGUGACUCUGUAAACAAGUAUGCAGAAUUAGUAUUGGAAAAACAGUUGGAUCGUGAAAGUGAAAGUGCCAUUAGUUUGACACUUACGGCUCUUGACGGAGGGAACCCUCCAAAAACUGGAACAGCUAAAAUAUUGAUCAAAGUCAUUGAUGCUAAUGAUAAUCCACCCAUCUUCAGUCAAAAAGUGUACAAAAUCAGCCUCGAAGAGAAUGCAUCAAAGGGGUCUACAUUAAUACAGGUGAAAGCCACGGACCGAGAUGAAGGUUCCAAUGGCCAGAUCAACUAUAGCUUUAGCAAUAUUGCUGACAAUGCUCAUCAGAAAUUCAACUUACAUCCACAAGAUGGACUUAUAACAAUUCAGGAAGAGCUAGACUUUGAGGAAACAGAGAAGUAUACCAUAGCAGUAGAAGCAAGGGAUGGAGGUGGAUUAGUAGCUCAUUGUAAUGUUGAACUAAAGCUAUUAGAUGUGAAUGAUAAUGCCCCAGAAGUGAUUCUUGCCUCCUCAUCCAGAGAAAUUCCUGAAGAUUCUGAAUUAGGAACACUGGUAGCCCUUAUCAGUACAAAUGAUAAAGAUUCAGGGGAUAAUGCGGAGGUUAAUUGCCAUUUACAAAAUACUUCCCCAUUCAAAAUAGUAUCAGCCUCUAAUAACUAUUAUAAGCUGCUUACAGAUGGUCCCCUAGACAGAGAAAGCACACCAGCAUACAAUCUUACAAUCACAGCCACAGACAAAGGUACACCCCCUCUUUCUACACUGAAAACCAUCUCACUAGAGAUUUCAGAUAUCAACGAUAAUGCCCCUGCCUUUGAGAAAUCCUCUUACACUGGUGCCCACACUGGUGAAAUCAGGACGUUGCGGACGUUUUUGGAAAGAGAUGCUCUGAAGCAGAAGCUAGUGGUCUUAGUAAAGGAUAACGGGCAGCCCCCACUCUCUGCUACAGUCAGUCUCAAUCUGGUUUUUGCUGAAAACUUCCAAGAGGCACUUCCAGAAAUAAGUAACCAAACCACUGAUUCAGAGCAUCAGUCUGAGCUGCAAUUCUACCUAGUGCUGGCCUUAACUUUGAUCUCAUUUCUAUUCCUCUUGACUGUAACUCUGGUCAUUAUGAUGAAACUCCGACAGUCAGGGAACCCAAAGUUCCUUCAGUGCUUCAGUCCUGUUCCCCAUUCAAGCAAUGCUAUUGUAUUCCCACCAAAUUAUGAGGAAGGGACAAUUCCAUAUUCCUAUCAGCUCUGCUUAUCAUCCGAGUCCAAGAUUCAUGAAAUUACUUUUCCAACUCCCAAAGGUCAAAGUGCCGAAUAUAUUUUAUCCAACCAAAACUCUGAUGCACUCCUGUCAACUACUGGAGCCAAUAUCAUAAAUUCUGAGAUGGAUAAAACUAAUUUGGUGAGUUUUCUUUUGAAGA